UAUUGGUUGUUUGAAACAGAGCAGUUGAGCAUUGUUCAUGAUCGAUGCUUGACCGCGUUCAAAACAACGUUUUCUAUCCGCGAUGAUCGGCAUCAAAUUCCUAUAUUUCUCUUGGCCUUUUUUCCCUCGAUGAAAGGAUGGGUGAAAUCAAAAGUACGCAGUGAAGAUGUUGGUCCAGUGAUGCCUGCUUUAUCGCAGGAUAUGAAGUCAAAGGAUACCGUCGUCGUCACUAUCGUUCGGCGGCUGAGGAAAAGAACAACGAGACAGAAUAACGACAUAGAGGAGGCAACAAAAGAUCCAUAA